GACUCCUGGCAUAGGAUGGUUACCUUAUACGGGCAGGUCAGGACUCUAAAUGCUAACAUGCGGGCCCUUGAAGGCGGUCUGAAGUAUGCCUUCAAAGCCUCAUUGGACCCAAGUAUUGCUGACUCACGCACAAAAUGCUUUGGCCGCUUUACCACAAACGUGCCCAUCCCAUAUUCAAUCAUCUCCAUCAACGAGAACAGUGGAUACAACCCCUCUUUGGGGAUCUACACGGCCCUUCAGAGCGGAGUGUACGCCUUCUCUUACUCAGUCUACUCACGAUCAGAAAGCAUCCUUAUCCACAAAGUGGUGCUCAUGAAGAACAAUGAGGCGAUGGUCAUCGUGAAGGAGAACAACCGAGAUGAUAAACAAGACAGCGGCUCUCAGACGCUGACGCUGCACCUGCAGAAGGGUGACCAGGUCUAUGUGAUGCUGGUCUCAGGAAGAGAACUGUGUGGGGAACUGCAGUACAACGUCUUCACCGGCUACAUGCUCUAUCCUGACAUCGACUACGCGUACUCUGCUGAAGAUCUGAGAUUCCUGUCUCACUACUGAGCUUAAAUUACAUGCACAAAUGUGUGACACCUAACGGAGAUGACAGUGGUGAAUAUUUAUUUUCGGACAUCUGUUGAAUUGUACACACUCUUAAAUAUCAUUAAUUAUUUGUGAAAAAUAACUUCUCUGUGUUUAAAAAAGUGGCUGCAUUAUGCGGACACAAUUUAUAUUUUUGUUUAUCUAUCUUGACAGUCGCUAUUUGUCAACACAAAGUCAACAAAUAACGGCGAAUGUGUGAAACCAUUAAAUCAUCAAAUUAAUAUUUAAGAGUACCAGAACGGAGUAGAUUGAAUAGGUGUCCGAAAACCUUUUUCCACCACUACAUUUUGUGAGGAGAGCAAGGUGUGUGAGAAGGCAUUAAUGAUGGAGUUAAAAAAAACAAAAAAACACUUGAUGGAAUACAGGAAGUGUCAGGUUUGGUUGGUCAGUCAGUGAGGUUCAGAGGUUGUUUACUGUAGAAACAAAAAUCACAUGCACACAGGUUCUGUGUCUCUAUAUAAAGUAGUUAAACCGUAGUAGUUCCUCCUUGAAAUGUGAGUUUUGUUCUCCCUGUUUCCCCUUAUUACGUUAGGUGAGCAGUCA